AAAAUUUCAGUACCCUAGCUAUUACUCAUUUUACAUCUCCACCAAUUUUUUUUAGAAGCGGCAAAGUGAAGUCACCCGCUAAACUGAAAAUUUCAACACCCUUCCAGCGCUGAUGGAGAAAUCAAAAGUCCGCCGACCCUGGACCGCUCUUAGAUACAUCAAAGUCGAUUCUCUUGGAGCGUCGUUGGAGAUUCAAAGACCAACAAAGAUUCUGGUCUAAUCUCGUGGAGAGGUCUGUGUCUAUUUUGCCUCUACCUGUUCAUAGCUUUCUUCCACCUUCCGACCACAAGUUGUCUACGAAGUUCUCCGGCCAGUUUAAGCCUCCCCACACCACGGCUACGAACCUUCCUCUCUGGGUUUGCUCAAUUUUGAUUGUGGAAUCACCAGGUGUUGGAGGCCAACGUUUUUUAAAUAUAUUCUUACAUCUAUUUGUGAAGAAAGUUACAGAGAAGCUUGAUAUAGGUGAUAAUAUGCCACCUGCAGUUUGAUUUACAUGUAUUUUCUUCUUACAAUGCCCUGCAGUUUGAUUCAGUUGAUAACUUUUUUAUUUUUGUUUCGUUUAAACAAAGAUUUAUAUUUUUUUUUUUGAUUUUUUGAGGCUAUAACUUUUAUUUUAAUUAAAAUUUUCAGCGUAGGUGAUGCUCUACAAUAGAAUAUAACUUUUUAUUUGACUUGAUUUCACCUUAAGACUUUGCUAUGGUUGGACAUUACAACCCUUUUGUAGCUCUAGGUUUUCUUAUGCAUCUCUACUUAGGUUCUGAAACUGAAUGUUUUUACCUCUCUUUAUUUCCAAUUUUGAUUUAAUCUUUUGGGAAUUUGUUUGUAAUGGAGUUAAAUUUAUUGAGCAAUUCAGAUUCUGAAAGUGAAAGUUUAUUUACACUUCUUAGACUUAUCUUAUGUAUUCACUCAGUUUAGUUUGAUCUAUUUUUAGAACGUAAUGCAUAUAAGUGAUACAAGUAUUGAAUGCAAUCUUUGCUCUUGCGGUCCGUAGUACUAAAGAGUUUCCAUUCCUAGCCAAGUUACUUGUGGUGUUCUAGAAGAAUUUUCAUCAGAAUCUCGUAAUGUAAGACUCGGUCUGGCAAGUGAUGGUUUCCAACCAUUUACUCAUUCAAAAACGUCAUAUAGCAUUUGGCCGGUGAUACUCAUUCCUUACAAUGUUCCUCCCUGGAUGUGUAUGAAAGAAUCUAAUUUUAUUCUUUCAAUGCUCAUACCUGGUCCAGAUGGUCCUGGAGAUGCAAUUGACGUGUAUCUCAAACCUUUAAUAGAAGAAUUGAAGGAAUUGUGGGAAGUAGGUGUUGAUACUUUUGAUGCUUCUAACCGUCAAAACUUCAAGUUGCAUGCAUCAUUAUUGUGGACUAUUAAUGAUUUUCCUGCAUAUGGAAAUCUAUCUGGUUGGAGUACAAAAGGAAAAAUGGCAUGCCCAUCCUGCAAUAAGGAAACUUGUUCUAUGCGGUUAGCUAAUUGCAAGAAGCAAUGCUAUAUGGGCCAUCGACGUUUUCUUUUGAAAAGCCACAAAUGGAGGAAUGAUAAAAGUUCAUUUGAUGGGAAAAAAGAGGUAAGACCUCCACCAACACCACUUUCUGGAGCUGAUGUUCUUUUACAAGUUAAUGACUUGGUAGGAAUUCCUUUGACAAAAGACACCAGCAAGAAGGUGAAAAUCUCACAUGAGAAACGAGGUGAUAACUGGAAUAAGAGAAGUAUAUUUUUUGAGCUUCCUUAUUGGAGUACCCUCUUAUUGCGGCAUAAUUUAGACGUGAUGCACAUUGAGAAAAACAUAUGUGAUAAUAUUCUUGGAACCAUUAUGAAUGUACAUGGUAAAAGCAAGGAUAAUGCUCAAGCACGUCUUGAUUUGGAGGCUAUGAAAAUUAGACCAGAGUUGCAUCCAAUUCGAAAAGGAGAUAAACUUGAGUUGCCAGCAGCAUCAUACACAUUAGCGAAGAAGGAGAAACACUCAUUUUGCUUAUUUUUAAAGCAAUUGAGAGUUCCUGAUGGUUUUUCUUCUAAUAUUUCUCAAUCAGUGAACAUGAAGGAUCACAAAAUUUCAGGUUUAAAAAGCCAUGACUGCCAUGUUCUUCUCCAACAUCUAAUUCCUCUUGGAAUACGUGGGCUCCUUCCUAGCUAUGUGUAUGAGCCUUUGGCUGAAUUAUCCUUGUUCUUCACUAGUAUAUGUGCGAAAACAUUGAAGGUUGAUGAGCUCGAACAAGCUGAGUCACAAAUCGCUUUAACUUUAUGCAAGUUAGAAAGAGUUUUUCCUCCUUCUUUUUUUGAUGUGAUGGUGCAUUUGCCAGUACACUUGGCUAGUGAGGCUAAAAUUGCAGGGCCACCCCAAUACAGGUGGAUGUAUUCUAUUGAGAGAAUGUUAUAUCAGUUAAAGAAGCUUAUUCGUAACAUGGCUCGUCCAGAAGGCUCGAUAGCAGAAGGUUAUAUCGCUAAGGAGUGUCUGACUCUUUGCUCAAGAUACUUGAAAGGCAUUAAGACAAAAUUUAAUAAACUUGAGCGAAACAAUAAUGGUUUAUACAAAGGAGAUGGUGAUGAUAUAUCCUUGUUCACACAAUCUGGACGAGCACUUGGAGCCGGUACCACUCAUAAUCUUAGUGAAGAUGAUUGGUUACACGCUCAUAGUUACGUUUUAAAAAAUUGCGACGAAGUCCAACCUUUUUUCAACGAGUACUCUGAAAUACAAGAUAACAAUUUGUCACACAUGUCAAGGGAUAAAUGUGACAGUUCUUUUAUCACUUGGUUUAAAAAUAAGGUUGCAGGUAUGCAUAUGCAAUACCAACACUCACAAAGUGAUAGUUUAAAAGCACUAUCCCGGGGUCCUUUAAAACAUGUCACAUGCUUCAAGGGAUAUGUUGUUAAUGGAUUUAGGUUCCGAAUAGAAGAGAGUGACACAGGAUGUAGAACACAAAAUUCUGGAGUAUGUGUAAUUGGAGACAUAGGUACAGAGUGUGUUGAGUAUUAUGGAGUGUUGUCAGAGAUCCUUGAGCUGCAUUAUCUUGGUGGCAGAAGGGUGUUCUUGUUUAGAUGUCGAUGGUUUGAUGUCCACCAUAACACAAAGGGAAUUAGGGUAGAUGAAUUUGGAUUUACUUCAAUCAAUUGUCAACGUUUGCUCAAAACUAAUGAACCUUUUAUUUUAGCGAGUCAAGCAUCACAGGUGUUUUAUGCCAUUGACAAUAUGGUUAAAGGUUGGCAUCUGGUCCUCAAGAUGCAGCCUCGUGAUCUAUAUAGCAUUCCACAAAAAGAAGAGGUUGAGGAUAAUGAUGAAGAUAACUUAGAUGAAACGUAUCAACAUGGCGAAUCUUUCAGUUUUAAGUGCAAUGACGAUCCUACCAUACAUCCAGAGAAUCCAAGUAUCUGGACAAGAGAGGAUGAGGAUCCAAUAGUUAUUGAAGCAUCCACAGUCAUUCGGAAGAGAAAAAGAAAGGAAAUUUAAGUAAUUUCAUUUAUGGAUAAAAGGGGUAAAAAAGAGACAAGCAAGAAGCUUCCUAGAGUGUAGCACUUGGUAUGUUGGUCCAAUUGCGUGCAGGCAAGUUGGACUCUGGUACCAAACUGCAUAUUUGAAGUGGUUUUCUGGAAUGCAAACUUAUUAGUCUUCUAGUUUUGAUUAUUGAUUUUGUAUGUUGGUUUUCCACAAAAUUAAGUAUGCUGGUCUUUUUUCUUAUGAUUAGCUAGCAUUUAUUUUGUACUCAUUUUGAAUGUCAUUUUUGCUACUUCAAAAUGUAAUGAUAUAAAUUAUAUACAGUCUAUCAUUGCAGUACUUGGGUAACAUGAUAACAUUGUAGUCUAAUGGAGUGCAAUAAUUUCAGUAAGUACAA